UUUCGCUUUAGUACCCCUAUCUUUUGUUCAAAAAUACUUUUUUUUUACGGGUUCGUAAUACUUUGUUUAGAAUGAGAGGUAAAUAUUGAUCACAUUAUGUUGUAUUGACAUAUCUAAGUGUCAAAUUAUAUGAAAUACAAAAUGAAGAGUUAGUUAAGUAGAUAAGAUAACAUGGGGUAAUCCAAUAUGGUAAAAAUGCCACUCUUUCCACUUCAUUUUAUUUCAGUUGCCUGUGUAUUAAGUAUCUACUACUGCAAUUACAUGUUUCUUACUACUCUUAAUGCCAUUAAUUCUCCCUUUAAACAAAAGAACUUUCCUAAUCCUGUGUGAACAUUCUAACAACCUAAGUUUUUUGCUAAAAAGAAAAAGCCAUUCGAGGAAAGCUAGUGAAGAAAGAACAGAUAAAAAGGUAAAGUUUCUAUGUACAUAUUGUACCAAAAAGGGAAAGAAAGGAGAUCACAGUUUCUUUAUUUCAAAAAGCGGCCUAGCAGAGUUUUUUAAGUGUUUGUUAGUAUUAAACUAGCUAUAGGAUUCCUAUUUCCUACUGAGCAAAGAAAGGAAUAUAGUUUGUUGGAGAGAAGUUUCCUUUAAAGCCUAACAACUCAUGUCAUCUUAGCUAUAUAUAACUUACCUGCUUCCCUCUCAUUAUACAUAUGUUUUCAUCAUCAACUUCUUAACACCUACAACAUAAUAUUGCAUAUCUUUGGGAGACAAUAUUAUCACCUAAAACACUAGAUUAUCGCGUACAGAAGAUCACAUUUUGUAAGAACUGAACGUUUCUAAUCGAGCUUUAGAGAUAUGGGAGUUGGAGGCACAUUAGAGUAUUUUUCAGAAAUGAUGGGUGGUGGACAUAUGCACAAGAAGAAGAGGAAGCAGUUUCAAACUGUGGAGCUUAAAGUUAGAAUGGAUUGUGAUGGAUGUGAGCUUAAAGUCAAGAAAGCUCUAUCCUCUCUUUCUGGGGUGAAGUCAGUGGAGAUAAACAGGAAACAGCAAAAGGUGACAGUUUCAGGGUAUGUGGAGGCGAAUAAGGUCCUGAAGAAGGCAAAAGCCACAGGGAAGAAGGCGGAGAUAUGGCCGUAUGUGCCUUACAAUUUGGUAUCACAGCCUUAUGCUACAGCUGCUUAUGAUAAGAAAGCUCCUCCUGGUCAUGUCAGGAAGGUGGAUUUCAUGGAAAACCCGAACACUGCUACUGUCACCCGAUAUGAUCAGGACCCUCUUGUUUCCAUGUUUAGUGAUGAUAACCCAAAUGCUUGUUCUAUAAUGUAGAUCAAUUCUGUUUUUUAUUCCAGUUUUGACCUUGUCUCUUUAGAUUGUUAUAUACUACUCAACUAUGUAUUCAUGAUAAGUUUAGUUUGAAAUAUACUCCUAUUAAAUAGAAAA